AUGGACUAUUCUUCGGCCAUAGCCAACGACGCAGGUGGCUCCCCGUGGGCCUCGUCGCCGCAGCACGAUCGCUCUACCUUUCCCCAGUCCAACAACCACGACGUACCGGCCAGCAACACGCUGUCGCACCAGCCUCCGGCUCCCGACGGCGACGACUUCAGACAGGACGACCAAUUACCUCCUCAAUCCAACCAGUACAUGUCGCAGCAGCCUCAAGCGCAAUCCUACGACAACUCAAACCGCUCUGAGCCUCAGCGCUACCACCACGCUCGUCCGCAACAUCCCCCUCAGCAGCCUAGCCACCAAGGACAACCACAGCAGUACCAGCAACAGCAGCAACAACAGCAACCGCCCCAGCAGCCACGAAAACAGUACAAGCUUCAGGCCAAAAUCACCGCUCUCGAGCGUACUGGUCGCAAGGACCCUGUCUUGCGCUUCGAUGUCUACACCAAUCUGCCCAAGUUCCGUACUACCCAAUUCCGCGAUGUUAGACGCACACACUCCGAAUUCGUCAAGUUCGCCGACCACUUGAUCUCGUCCAACCCCGACGCCUUUGUACCCGCCGUUCCUCCUCCGCUCACUGCUGCUGGUGUUGGUACCGAGGAGGAUGAGGUGCGCGUCAAGGCUUCAAUGCAGCGCUGGCUGAACACCGUCUGCUCCAACCAUGUCCUCAUGCGUGACGAGGAGAUGGUCUUCUUCGUCGAGAGCGACUUUGGAUACAGCCCUGUUGUCAGGCGCAAGCAACCUGCUACUGGCGUGCGCCGCAAGUACAUCAAGCAGUUUGCUCCUCCUCCGGAUGACACCCCUGAGCUUCUCGAGGCUCGCCCUAUUGUCAAAUCUUUCUACCUGGGCACCAUGGACCUUGGUCAAAAGGUCGACAAGGUCGUCAAGUCGCGUAGAGCUCUUGGACUGGCAGAAUCAGACUUUGGUGUCAAGAUGGGCCACAUGCAGGUCCAGGAAACACAUCCCGGUUUGGCCAAUGCCUACAAGAAAUUAGGCAAGGUCAUCCAGGCUGUUGGAGACUUCCACGCUGCCCAAGGUACAGCCGAAGCUACCACUCUCGCCGAUCCUCUUCAAUACCACUCCAGCGACGCCUUUAUCGUCAAGGAAACCCUCACAAACCGCCACAUCCUCCUCCGCGAACUCAUUCAAGCCCAACAAUCAACCCGCAGCAAGACCUCCGCCGUCGACCGCCUCAAGGCCUCUUCUUCGGUCAAACGCGACAAAGUCGACGAAGCCUUUGCCGCCCUCGAUGAAGCCCGCUCCCACGAAGCCCACCUAAAAGAGAAAACAGACCGCGUGACUUCAAACCUCGUCCACGAACGUCGCAACUGGGCCGCCCGCACGACUUCCGACCUCUGCGCCGCCAUUCGCGAAUACGUCAUGCGUGAGAUCGAAGCCGAACGUCGCACUUUAGCCACACUCGAGCAAGUCCGCCCCGACGUCCGCAACAUCGACGCCUCGGGCGGCCUGUCCCGUCUAGGCAGGGAAGCCCAUCCAGUAGUCCGCCGCACCAGUCUCGCCAGCAGUCAAGGACCCAAAGGUGACGCAUGGAGUGGCGUGCCCCGCCGCCCUGACGGUCUAAACCGCAGUAUCAGUGGCAGUUUCGCCGGCACGGGAACAGUUCCUGAAGACGCAGAGGCCGAGCAGCAGGCGGAAGAGGGCACUUCUUCGAGUGCUUCUGCCGCGGGAAGGAAGAGGGCCACUAGUAGUGCGAGCAGUCUUGGUAGAUUGGAGGAGGACGAUGAGGAUAGGAUCGAUGCGAGGAAUGCUGCCAGUCGACUUGCGCAGACGACGUUUUAG